AUGACGCGCCGUCUGCACCAGUUCAAGAUGGAGAGCGUUUCGACUAUGGCCAAGCAUCUGGCUGAUUUCGACGAACUCAUUGUCGGAUUGCAGACACUGGGAGAGCCCGUCGACGAAGCUCGACAGCUGGUAGUGCUAUUAAGCAGCCUUCCUCCUGAGUAUGAAUUACUUUCAGCGAUCGUGGAGAACGCCAAGGAUUUGUCUCUGAUCGAGGUGAAAGAGAAGCUGCUCAAGGAAUACGAGCGACUAGAAAAGAAGGGCACCACCAUGGAGAAAGCAUUUCGCGCUAACGGGAAUGCUGGAAGGUUCAAAGAAGGCCGAGGACACGGUCGAAAGGGGAUCUCUUCAAGAAAGAAUGGUGGUGGAUACAAGGGCAAGUGCUUUGGAUGUGGCCAAGUUGGUCAUUUGAAGCGGGACUGUCCUGUGCAGAAAGGCGACAGUGGGAAUGAUGUAGUUUUUGCUGUGAGCGAGAAAAGACUCGACGGUUGGCUGAUUGACAGUGGAGCUACAUCGCAUAUGACUCCGCAUCGUUCCGACUUGUUUGACUACGAAAUCCUGAACGAUGGCAUUGAUGUAACGAUUGCUGAUGGCAAGAAGUUACGCGUUCAUGGAACAGGAACAGUGAGGUUGACUGGUGUGAACAGUCGAAGAAUCAAGAUGAUAAAUGUAUUGCACAUUCCAGGACUUGACCGUCGUCUAUUAUCAGUUGGAAGACUCGCUGAACACGGUCUAAGUGUCAACUUUGAGCGUUCAUCGUGCAUCAUUUGGGACGACAGAAGUGCAAUUGCUGUGGGAAAGAAGAUGGGCAAAGCGUUCAUGCUGGACUGUCAGCAGGAGGAAGCAAGAUUUGUGCAGUACUCUGGAGCAGACAGUAAAUGGGAGCUAUGGCACGCUCGCUUGGCACACCCAAGUAAGGAUGCACUGACCAAGACACAGCGUUGCACAAAAGGAAUUCCUGCGGUAAAGCAAGGUAUCUAG